AUGCCGGAACUCCAGUCGCACAACGGGUACUACCUGUGGCACUAUGUGCCAAAUCUGGUGGCUGCUAUCAUAUUUGAAGUUCUAUUCGUCCUGGUCACGUUUUACCACGCGUGGAUGAUUGCGAGGACCAAGACAUGGUUCUGCAUCGUGUUCGCUAUCGGCGGUGUCCUUGAAAUCAUCGGAUACGCAGGCAGGGCCAUUGCACGGGAACGCACCGGCGAGAUUGGCCCCUAUGUCAUGCAGAGCGUGACCAUCCUUGUCGCGCCUGCCCUCUUUGCGGCCUCGGUUUAUAUGACACUGGGAAGGAUUAUUCGCAGCGUUCAUGGCGAGUCACUCUCGGUCAUUCGAGUCAACUGGCUCACGCGUAUCUUCGUCACCGGCGACUGCUUUUCGUUCCUCGUCCAGGCGAGCGGCGCCGGGCUUAUGGUUAAGGAUGGCAACCAGAAAAUGGGACAGAACCUCAUUGUAGCAGGUCUCGUUAUCCAGAUUGUGCUGUUUGGCAUUUUCUGGCUGACGUCUAUUAUCUUCCACAUUCGACUGGCCAAGUACCCAACAGAGGCCUCGAUCAACGGAGGUUCGCCAUGGAAGUCUGGCUUGUGGAUGCUUUACAUCGUUAGUUGCUUUAUCAUGGUGCGGUCCAUCUUCCGCCUUAUCGAGUACAUUCUAGGCGGCGACGGAUACCCGCUGCAGAACGAGUGGACACUCUACGUCUUCGAUGCGACACUCAUGUUUUUCGUCAUGGUUGCAUACGCAUGGCGUUUCCCCAGCGCUUUCCAGAUCCGAAAGAACGGCCACCCGUCGACGUCGGAUGUCGAGGGCUUCGAUAUGACGGAGCAGGAAACCCAGCAGCGCUCGAUGCGGAAGUCGAUGCGAUGA